AUGGCUUCGAUCAACAAGACAGAGUUCAAGGUUCUUGAGCUAAACGGCAAGAACUAUCAAACCUGGGCACUCGACUCACAUGCCAAUUUCUAUAACAGCAAUGGUAAAGGUUCUUUCAGAAACAAGGGCCAAAAGUUUCAUGGUCACCAGGGGCAAAAAGGGAGAAAGUUUAAGAACAGAGGCCAGAAGUCCAAUGCCAAUGGCAAAGGCCAAAAGUUCAAUGGCAAUGGCAAAUGCAAGUCCCUAAAGGGCUCAAAGGAUGAGGCAAGUGGAGGGAAACACUCAAAUGAGGGUUGUUUCUACUGUGGAUCCCACCAGCAUUGGUCCCGUACUUGCACUACCGACCCACACUUGAUUGAGCUAUAUCAAGAGUGGAAGAAGCGCCCAAACUCGGAGCCAUCAGAACCUACAGAGAAGCUUGAAUCAGCAACUAUGGAUGUUGAUCAUAAUGCCACCAGCGAUCAUACUGUUGAAAAGGGAGAUGCCUAUACUGGUGAUGAUGAUUUUGACCUUGACAAUGAGGAUCUCCUUGACGAGGAGUAG